AUUUUUCCAAUUUCAAAGUUCCAGUUGGUAUCUAGGCAUUGUAUAGUGAAAGUUGUUCAAAUAUUGAAUUCUCGUGGGCAUUCGAUCGUGUUCUAUUGAUGUUAUUGUCCUGUCGUGACAAAGAUAUCCCACUGAAUCGGUGAAUCGAAAAAAGUUUUUUUUUUCUCGAGGAAAAAACGUUGACUUUUGACGAAUGAGAAAAAGUACCACUUGGCUAGAUUUGAGUGGAUCCAAAAUAGAAGAAGGAAAUAAACUAAUCAGAAUAACCGCUAGUCAUGACUGAUUUCCUGAGGCCUUUCCUGGCCCUACGUAACAACGUAAAGCUAAGGACCUCACCAUUGAUCAACCACGUACAGAUCGACAACCUUGUCUUCAGGCUUCACUACAGACACACGGCCAUCCUGCUCUUUUUGUGUUCGGUAUUGGUCACAUCCAGGCAAUAUAUCGGGGAACAUAUAAAAUGCAUAGUUGGCGGCAGGCUCAACCCUAGGGUGGUCAGUUCCUAUUGUUUCUUCACGUCGACUUUCACGAUCGUGGAAUACGUGGAUACAGAUCUAGUGGAAAAUGGUACGUUGCCACAUCUGGGAGUCGGACCCUACGCCUUGGAAUCAAAAUCGCCGGUGAUCCAUCAUGCCUACUAUCAGUGGGUACCUUUUAUGUUGUUCGCCCAAGCCACCAUGUUCAUAUUGACGCAUCUGUUGUGGAAGAAGUGGGAAGGUGGAAAAUUGAAGGCUCUCUUGGUGGGAAUCCAAAACGCUUCGUACUCAUUCGCCGAGACUGAGAUGAGGAGUAGCUGCGGCCCCAUUCCAACAGUAGAAAAAAAGAGAGAAGGUAUCGAACUGAUAAAGAACAAGAUAAUCAAGAGCCACUACGUCAGCAGGUUCUGGCCGGUGGGCUUGGCCAUAUGCGAAGCCCUCAACGUGGUACACGUUUACUUCCAGAUGUACCUAACCAACAAGUUCCUAGGCGGGAUUUUUUGGUCCCUCGGCCCGAAUCUAUUGGAUGGUUCCCUGGAGAGUCAAACUUUGUUGGACACCAACUUCCCCAAGGUGACCAAAUGCUCCUUCCAAAUGUACGGACCCUCAGGCACCAUACAGAGGCACGACGUGCUCUGCGUGAUGGCCCUGAACGUGAUGAACGAAAAGAUCUACUCGGUGCUGUGGUUCUGGUUCGUCAUCCUCCUGGUGAUCUCCACCCUCAACUUGGUCUGGAGGCUGGCCACCUACCUGCUCCACGGGAGGAGCUCGAAGUUUAACAGGUACGUCUUCUCCUCGGCCACGCCGGGUAAAUUGAACACCCUGACGGAGGUCACGAUGACUGAUCAUCUGGCGUUCAAGGACUGGUUGUUCCUGAGGUAUUUGGGGAGGAACGUGGACGGGUUGCUGUUCAAGGAGAUCAUAAACGAGCUGACCGACGGGCUGCAUCAGGAUAUAUCGGUGGAUAAUCCGGAUGAGAUGUACAAGUUGCAUCAGUAGUUUUUUUUCUUAGAUGUUUAGGUUAUAUCGACUCCUGGGGACUUAUGAAUCAUGAGUUCGUUAUUUAUUCUUCACUAUUUAUGUACUCUCUAAACAAUUUUUUGUGUAAGUGAGUGCUCUUCCAAAUUGAUGUGGUUGAAUUGAAUGGAAGAGAAUUGUGUGCUUGAAGAUUUUUUUAUGAGUA